AUGGUGUUGUCAUUGAUACUGUUGCUGCCUCACAAAGUAUGUAAGACUUCUGCUGCUAAAUGCAGGAUCCAGCAUCCUCAACCCUUUUUUCACCAGUAUUAUCAGCAGGAAGAUCUAAUUUUGGGUGGCAUUGUUACUCAGAAUAUUGUUACUGAAUCUCAUAUCCAGUCCUUCGAGAGGGAUCCUAUUGAGACUGAAUUUCUACCACUCAGGGUGGUGACUAAGAACUACCAGCACCUCCUGACUUUGGUAUAUGCUAUAAAGGAGAUCAAUGAAAAUUCUCAGAUCUUACCAAAUAUCACCCUCGGAUUCAGUAUCUAUGACAGCUAUUCUGAAGACAAGUGGACCUAUCAGGCCACAAUGCAACUUAUUUCUACAAGAAACCGAUUAUUCCCCAACUACAAGUGUGAUAGCCAGGACAAUAUAAUAGCUGUUAUUGGGGCACUUUUCUCACUAAGUUCUGAGGAGAUGUCAAAUAUUUUGAGCAUCGACAAGAUUCCACAGCUCUUGUAUGGCCCUGCUCCAGUAAAAGUGGUCAACACUCUUUCCUUCUACACAAUGGUACCAAAUGAAAACCUGCAUUAUAUGGGGAUUCUCCAUCUAAUUAUCCAUUUUGGUUGGAGGUGGAUUGGGGUUUUAGCUUCAACAUAUGAGAAUGCAAAAGUAUUCAUGCAGUUCAUGAGCCCAAGGAUUUCGAAGGAGGGCAUUUGUUAUGCCUUCAUAGAAACAAUUGAUGAUUUCCCUUGUGAUGAUACUAAAGAAGCCUUUGAUAAAUGGAUGAUGGGACUGUAUGACAAAAUCAUGAGCAGCACGGCCAAUGCAAUAGUCCUAAUUGGGGAAGCUGAUGUUAUUCUAUUUCUGAGAUUGUUGUUAUCUCAGUCGAAAAUGAAAGUUACCAUUCAAAAGCCCAAAGGUAAAGUGUGGAUUCUUUCAGCCCAAAUGGAAUUAAAAUCAUUAAACAAUCAAAGGACUUUGGAUAUACAAUUCUUUCAUGGUGCUUUAUCUUUAGCUAUGCAAUCCAAUGAGCUUCAGGGAUUCCAAGAAUUUCUUCAGAGAAGAUAUCCUUACAGAGCAAAAGAAGAUGGUUUUUUAGAGGACUUUUGGGAAAAUGCAUUUGACUGUGAAUUCUCAAAUUCUUCUAUGGGAGAUGCAAAUGGGUCUAUUUGCACUGGGGAGGAGAGGCUGGAGAACCUCCCUGGGCCUUUCUUUGAAAUGAGUAUGACAGGCCACAGCUAUAGCAUCUAUAAUGCAGUCUCUGCAGUGGCUCAUGCUUUACAUGCCAUGUCUUCAUCCACAUCCUUAGCCAGAGCAGUGAUGAAGGGGAAUAGAAGACUCAUUUCAUCCCAACAGAUAUGGCAGCUACACCAUUUUCUAAAACAUGUCUCGUUUAACAACAGUGCUGGAGACAAGGUUUCCUUUGACCAAAAUGGGGUAAUAGUAGCAGGAUUUGAUAUUAUUAAUUGGGUCACAUUCCCAAAUCAAUCUUUUGUUAGAGUCAAAGUUGGAAAGAUGGAUCCCCAGAUGCUUCCAGACCAAACAUUCAUCAUUAAUGAUGAUGCAAUUACAUGGAACACCUGGUUUAAUCAGGCACUACCCCUUUCUGUAUGCAAUGCCUACUGUCAACCUGGUUAUAUGAAGAAAAAGAAGGAGGGGGAGCCAUUCUGCUGCUACGAUUGCAUUCAGUGUCCAGAAGGAAAGAUAUCUGAUAUGCAGGAUAUGGAUGACUGCUUCAAAUGCUCAGAUGAUCAUUAUCCUCACGAGGAUAAGACUUCUUGCAUUCCCAAAGUUUUAAUCUUCUUAAUGUAUGAUGAACCUCUGGGGAUUGGUUUAGCUACUUGUGCUCUUUCAUUCUCUUUGAUCACAGUUCUAGUGCUAGGAAUGUUUAUGAAGCACCACAAUACUCCUAUUGUUAUAGCCAACAACAGGAACCUCACCUACACUCUCCUCCUCUCCCUCCUGCUGUGCUUCCUUUCUGCAUUGCUAUUCAUUGGACAGCCUCAUAAGGUGACGUGUCUCCUCCGACAAACCGCUUUUGGCAUCAUCUUCUCAGUGGCUGUUUCUUGUGUGCUGGCAAAAACCACCACUGUGGUUCUGGCUUUCAUGGCCACCAAGCCAGGAUCCACCAUAAGGAAAUGGGUGGGGAAGAGGCUGGCCAAUUCCAUUGUUGUUUCUUGCUCCCUUAUUCAAGGAAGCAUUUGCAUUGUGUGGCUGGCAAUUUCUCCUCCAUUGCCAGAGGCUGACGUACACUCAGUGGCUGAAGAAAUUAUCUUGGGAUGUAAUGAGGGGUCUGUGGUUAUGUUUUACUGUGUCAUUGGCUAUAUUGGCUUCCUGGCCAUUGCCAGCUUAACUUUAGCUUUCCUUGCCAGAAAGUUACCUGACACUUUCAAUGAAGCCAAGUUUAUCAGUUUUAACAUGCUGAUGUUUUGCAGUGUUUGGUUAUCAUUUAUCCCAACGUAUUUGAGCAUUAAGGGGAAAUAUAUGGUAGCUGUGGAGAUCUUUUCUAUCUUAGCCUCCAGUACUGGGUUGUUGGGCUGCAUCUUUUCUCCCAAAUGUUACAUUAUUCUGUUGAAGCCUGAAUUGAACAAUAGAGAGCAGCUAAUAAAAAGGAAAGAUGUAAGAAUCAAAUGA